UCUGCUCGAUACUUGCUACCUUUAUUCGCUCUAAAGUAAACUAAAUUUUAUGACGUUAGUAUCCACAGUUGUUUAAGACGAGUCUUGUUUGUUGAACACGUGCUCCACAAGCUUUGUACCAUGGCGGACUCUACAAAUAUGUCAUUGGAUGACAUCAUACGAGCUGGUAGGUCGCGUGGUAGAGGUGGCACGAAUAUACGCGGGCGAGGCCGCGGAGGCGGGCGCGGCCGCGGCACUGUCAGGCGGGGGCGAUCGGCGACUCGCGUGGAGACACCCGCGGCCGCGGGUGCGCGGUCUAGAUCCCGCUCGCGGUCGCGGUCGCAGGUGCGCCCCCGCGGUCGGGGCCGAGGCCGCGGCCGCGGACGCUCGCAGUCCCGAUCUCGCCAGCAGCGGCGCUCCACUUCCCGGGCCAGAUCGGCGUCUCGCUCGCGGUCACAGCAGAGAGGACUGACGCCGAGAGGGAGAGCAGGAUUAGAAAAUCAAAAUGUACCAUUACAAAGCAGAAUAGGCAGAUUUAGAGGAAGUGGUCAAAAUCGUCUGACCCGUACCCGUUCUACUUCCAAUGUGCGAGGCGAUGUACGCAGCCGGCUCGGCGUGUCGCGCGGUGCGCUUGCGGCCCGCGCGCGCCGCCCGCUCGCCGUCGCCAAGAGAGGCAUCGCCAAACGCGGCCGGGGCCUGACUACGCGCAACAAAUACACUUCAGUAGGAUUGAGAUCUGAUCAAAUACUAAAAGAACAACUUAAUAAGAAAGCGCAAAAUUUGCUAUUUCAGGAUAAUAUGAUUCGAUCUCAAACAUUUACUCGGUCCAGGUCGAGAUCAAGAUCGAGAAAUAAUUCUUUAUCAAGGAAUAACAGACUGUCUCGGAGUAAUUCACGGUCUAGGAACAAUUCCUUCACCUCGGCAUCUCAGUUGACUGUCAGCGUGGCUAAUGAUCUAGCAAAGCGUCGUCGACGUAAUAGCGUUGGCAAUCCUAAUUACUUAAAUAAACAGAGCCUCGUUCAGCUGAAUAGUCAACUAGGCGGAUAUAAACAGAGGCGCGGGCCCGGGAGCGUCUACUCUGUGGGGUCCAACCGAUCAAGCCAGUCUAAUAGAUCGAACCGAUCAAACGCCAGCGCGCGCUCGACCCGCUCUCGGGGCCGCGGACGCGGACGCGGUCGCGGGCGCGGCCGGGGAGUCAGCCGUAACUUUGUCAAUAAACAAGUCCUCAAUAGCAAACUGCAGAAAGAAAUUGCUGCUAUUCAAGGAAAAGCGUCCAACGGCAAUUCGAGUGAAACGCCGGUAGGAAUAAACUUUACUCCUACGCCGGCGAGCACUGCGCAAACCUUGCAUCAAAGGUUUGCUACUUCAUGAAUUUUUAAGCUUUCAUUAUUGCUAAGACUUACGAAUUUUAAAAAGAUAGUGUCAUGUGUAUUGUGUAAGUAAGGAACCAAUUGUUUUUGCUCUAUGAUGCCGAUUUUAAUAAACUAUUCACUAGCUACUAUUAAAGUUAUAUUCCUUGUGAAUAUUUUUUGCCCACUAGUAUUAAUAUGUACUUGAUGUACCAAAGGUAUGUAGCUAUGCAAUGUUAUUCCUGCUUGCGUGCUUAAUGAGGCAACCUUAUAAGUAUAGCCGUACAAAAAAAAUGCGUAAAAGUGCGAGAAACUGCAAAGGAACUGCUGCCGUAUACCUACCGUGUGAUUGUUAAGAAUAGAAGUUUGUGUUAGGGAUCUAAAUGAUAUAUUUCUGUAAAGGGCGUACGUUGAAUCCUGAAGGAAGCGAUGGAUUCUAAAGUAGAAUCCUGAUCCGUAAUGAGGGAUUCAAGUGUUAACGCUCAAGACGAGAUAAUGUUGAUACCGUGUGACACAUACUGCUUUUCACAUCAACUAUGAGGAAAUUAAAAAAUCUUAGUGUUGACACAAUCUGAUGCUUAAACAGAUUAUUUAAGCUAAAAAAUGUAAAAAUAGUGUGCUAGAACAGAAAAGUGUUACUUUGAUCCCUAGCAGGGAAGAAAAAGGUCUUUUCCAAAUAGGAGGUAUGAAAAGCAAAUUGCCGUAUUUUAGGAAUAUGCCAUGGCUGCCACUGAUGUCUAUUUCGAUUUGAUUCUAUUUCUUUGCAUAAUAUCCAAUUGCAAUCGAUCGUUAUUAUAUAAGUAUAUUAGGGCUUCUUUUAAUAUGUAUUUGUACAGUAAAUAUGAUAAGUUGAUAAGACAAAUAUAAGUACAUAUGUUAGUAUGUAUAUGUAAUUAUCUAAGCGCUCGUACGUUUAAUAGUUAAAAAUGGUAACAUAUUUUUGUCUGUCAGUGUUUAUAUUCCGUAGAAAAAUGUACUCCCUGAAUAGUAUUUCACAACGGAAAAAAAAACUAAUAUUUGCUUUAAACAUUCGUAAAAGUAAUGUAACUAACAUAAUAAGUUUCAUACGUAUAACAUACCAGCCUAUUCAGAACAAUCUACUUCUUCUACUUCUAGUAGAAGUGUAGAUCCAUUUCGUAACCUGGCGCCCGUUUCACAAACUAAACUGUGGUCACUCUGACUAAUCUCCUUACAUUCAAGCGUCGGUCAGUAACAAACAACAAU